UCAGCAACGUGCUCCUAACCCCCUCCCCUUUCUUAUUUCUUCCUUUUUUUAUUUAUUCCCCCCCCCCCUCCUCUUUCUCCCUCGCUCUGAGCUGAAAACUGAUUACAGGUUGCUUAUCGGCUCCAGCACAAAUUUCACCCCUUCCAGCAGAGCUCGUGCGGGGUUUUAUACGGCAUCAAUUAUUUAUCAUAUUUUAUAAAUCCAGGCGCACAGUCCCGUGCCCCCGAGGAGGGGGCGGGCGGCGAUUGGCGCCGGCGCAGCCACGUGCCCGCGCGUCACCGGGGCCGGGAGGAAAAAGGCUCCUUUUUGGUGUAAAUCUGGACUCUAAUUCCGUAAUAUAUCACGGUACCUCGUAAAACCGACACUAAAACGUCCCGACCUACAAAUCACCCGGCCAAAUUAUGAGUUCAUUGUAUUAUGCGAAUGCUUUAUUUUCUAAAUAUCAAGCCGCAAGUUCGGUUUUCCCAUCCGGAGUCUUUCCCGAGCAAACUUCUUGCGCUUUCGCCUCCAACACCCAGCGAGCGGGCUAUGGGGCCGGAUCCACGCCUCCCUUCGCCGCUUCCAUGCCCGGGCUCUACCCCGGCGGCGGCUCCGUGCACCCCCAGCCCCCCAGCGUGUACUCCUCGGGCUACGGCCUGGAGCCCGGCUCCUUCAACAUGCACUGUUCCCCCUUCGAGCAAAACCUCUCCAUGAUGUGCCCGGGAGACGCCUCCAAGCAGAGCUGCGGCAAAGCGGAGCAGCGGGACUCGGAUUUGCAGGGCGACAGCAACUUCCGUAUCUACCCCUGGAUGAGGAGCACAGGAACGGACAGAAAGCGCGGCCGGCAGACCUACACCAGGUACCAGACGCUGGAGCUGGAGAAGGAAUUCCACUACAACCGGUACCUGACGAGGAGGAGGCGCAUCGAGAUCGCCCACGCGCUGUGCCUGACCGAGCGCCAGAUCAAAAUCUGGUUCCAGAACCGCCGCAUGAAGUGGAAAAAGGAAAACAAAACCGCCUGCCCCGGCUCCAGCGGCCAGGAAAAGCCAGAGGCCGAGGAGGACGAGGAGGAGAGUGUUUUCGGCGGAAAUUUUCGGGCCAACAACAACAAAAAAAAAACCAAACCAACCAAACCACCCCAAAACGGGGGGGAAUCUCCUUGUCUCCCUCUCCGUGUCUCCUUUCCGAUGAGUUCUUAUUUUGUCAACUCGACCUUCCCGGUGAGCCUGGCGGCGGGGCAGGAGCCCUUCCUGGGACAGCUCCCGCUGUACCCCUCGGGCUACGCGGAUCCUUUGAGGCACUACCCCAGCACCUAUGGAGCCACGGGCGUGCAGGAGAAGGGAUACUCCUCCUCUCCCUACUACCAGCAGAGCAACGCAGCGUUCGGCGGCCGCGGCUCCGCCUGUGACUAUGGGCCCGGCGGGUUUUUCAGGGAGAAGGACCCUGCGUGCGCCCCUCCCAGCCUGGACGAGGUGCCCUUCGCCCCCGAGCCGCGCAAGUCGGACUGCGCGCAGAGCAAAAGUGUGUUCGGAGAGAGCGAGGAGCAAAAGUGUUCCGCGCCGGUUUACCCCUGGAUGCAGCGGAUGAACUCUUGCAAUAGUUCUUCCUUCGGGCCCAGCGGCCGCCGAGGCCGGCAGACCUACACCCGCUACCAGACGCUGGAGCUGGAGAAGGAAUUCCACUUCAACCGCUACCUGACCCGGCGGCGCCGCAUCGAGAUCGCGCACUCGCUGUGCCUGACGGAGCGGCAGAUCAAAAUCUGGUUCCAGAACCGCCGCAUGAAGUGGAAAAAAGAGAACAAACUGCUCAACUCCUCGCAGCUCAGCGCGGAGGAGGAGGAGGAGAAAGCGGCUGAGUGAACACACACACGCACACGCACACACACACACACACACAAAAAAGGGGGGGGAGGAUUGAAAAGGUGUUAUUUAAAACGAGCAAAAAGCGACGAGAAAACGACAAAAAAAUUAAAUUUAGGGAGGGAGGGAGUGUGAGAGGAUGAGGGGGUGUGCGCUGGCUGUGAGGGAAAACCCGCGCCUUGGUGGGACAAGCCCUCUGCAGCAGCGGCGACAGCCACAAAGUUUGGGCCACCAACGCCCUGAACUCGAGUUCCCAAUGAUUUUGUCCAGAAACAAACAAACAAACAUAAAAACACCGCGCACACACACACAAAAAUCAGGCUUCUGGUCGCGUCUUGAGUAUUUUUCCCUUCCCACACUUCCCUUUCCCUCCCUCUCCACUCCCCACCCCCCCUACACAAAAUGGAAUAAUAAUAAUAAUAAUUAAAAAGUGAAGAGAUGGGGAGAGCGAGAAGGAGGGAAAGAAAGGGAAAGAAAGGGAAAGAGAAAAAAAAGGGGUGGGGGGGAGGAAAAAAAAAAGAAAAAAAAAAAGGACUCCUAGCCGUGUUUCUACCCUUGGUGUCACUGUUAGUAAUCUGCUAACUCUUGUAUUUAAUGGAAGUGCUGCAAUAUAUGUCAUUUGGGGUGUUUAUUGUCCUAAUUUUGUAAAAAUGUUUCAUGCACGGUUGAUAUAAGUUGGGUGGUUUGGUUUUUUUUUUAAAUUUUCCUCUUUUUAAUUUUUUUUCUCCUCCUUUGGUAAAUUAAUCAAGCCCUGGGGUUCUUUGUAAUUAGUUUUUGGGAUGGGAUUUUGGUGGGUUUUGUUUUUUUUUUUUUUUUAUUAUUAUUAUUUUUAAAAGGAAAAAUCUACUGAAAGAACGAGUACUACCUACAAGGCUGGAAAAAAAAAAAAAAAAGUUUUAAAAAAAGGAAGCAACAACGACAGAAAGUUCUAUUUUAUUAAUUUUUUUGUACGUGUUGUGUUUUGGAGUUUGUCUUAGGUAUGAACAUGGAAUUCUCUAAUAAAAGCCAAGUCUUCGAUCUCACCCGCACACCCCUUCCCCUGUCAUUAUUAGCGCUGGUUUGAUGCCGAUUUUUCCCUUUUCCAGGGGGAUUCUUGAGGAGCAGAGCGUUGAAAAGGAGAUUUCUUUGCUCCGCUCUGGGUGACAAUGUCUCCUAAGCUGCCAGGACAAGCAACCCCGAGCGCACGGAAGUUACAGUGGACAGAUAAAUCUGAUUUUCCCCCUUUUUUUAUUUCCGUCCUAAUCUUAAAUGGAAGCCCUUUCACCAGCAGAAUUUCCUGGCUGACAUUUCUGCCUCCAGCCUUGCGCUCUCUCUCUCUCUCUCUCUUUUUUUUUUUUUUUUUCCCUUUUUUUAUUGUUACAGUACAAAGAGUUAUGACGAAACGCCGUCCCAUCUCCAUAAUAAAUCAAGGAAACGGGCAAAACUACGCCCUCAUUUAUCCACCGAAGAUACCUAACAUUUGCCCAGCAUCUUUCAAACAUCUGCUCCCUCGCUCUGC